GUGCCCUUGGCUUCCCCAGUAAAGUGGAGGUACCUUCUAGGCUGGGUACAUCCGAGACCGGACACGAUGCUGGCGAUACUACCUUACGACGCUAGUAUUACAUUGCCCAGGUAGAUACCUACCUAGUUACACGUAUAAUUUGGGAAACCCGUUCAGUACAACUAGCAUCCCUCACACGUAUAUAUACUUGCCUACACAUCUGGCUUUCACCACGUGUUUUCUACUGACAAGCUCCAUGGCUUCUCGCCGCGCAACUCUCAAACUCUUCUCUUUGAACCCAGCACUUCCUUCCCCUUUUCGACCCCUAGCACCAGUCUCUUUCCUUCCACCAAAGUUUGGUGCAUCCCGCAACAUGACCUCAGAGGCUGCUCCCAGGAAGUACGAAUGGCUUGUCGUCAUCCCCGACCGCCCUGGCGUGUUGGAUCAGAGGCGUAUCGUUCGCCCAAAGCACUUUGAAGGCAUGAAACCAUUUGUUGAAUCCGGCCAAUGGAAGAUGGGUGGGGCUCUUCUGGAUGAGAUCCCCAAGGAUGAUGAUCCUGCCAGUCUGAAAAUGAGUGGCAGCACGAUGGUGGCCAUCGCUUCGUCCAGAGAAGAGCUCAUGGAAGUGCUCAAGGCCGACCCUUACGCAAAGGAAGGGGUAUGGGACUUGGAAAAAGUGCAGAUGUGGCCAUUCAAGUGUGCUUUCCGGAACCCUUAAGCACGAUAGAGAGGUAGAGAUUGGGAAAAGUCCGACGGUGAAGGACGGUCGGAUGGAUAGGCGUGAACAUGCCAUGAAUGCUGUCCACGUUCGGCUGGCCAGAUAUCUCAGGCCAUGGAUUCUUUUAGCAGGUUGAGCUCACUUACUUAAUCUGGAUCAUCUUCCGCGGCCGCAUACUUGUAUCUUUUUUUUUUUUUUUUUUUUUUUUGAGCUUGCC